UUGCCCUAACUUCUCACCCCUGCGGCCCUGCCACCGACCCCAGCCCGUAUCCCUUCCCCUCGCCCUCUUCCCUUCCGGCCGCUCGCCGAACGCCACCGGAAGCCCCCGCGGGGCCACAUCGAAGAUCGAGUUCUUCACUCUUCAGAAAUCAGAGCCCUCCUCGUCGCCUCUUCCUCUUCCUCUUCCUCUUCCGCUUCCGCUUCCGCUUCCGCUUCUGCUCUCCAACGAUGGAUCAGUAAUCGGAACAUCGACUCAGGGACCUCGGCUAGGGUCUCUCUCUCUCUUCGCACCACCCUUGACAUGGCGGGCCGUGGAGAAAGCAUCAAGUCGACCUCCAUUAAUGGUGUGAAGCUCUACUCCCUCUCGGGCCAGCGCUCCACGGCCACAUGGCUCACCCCGAAGAAGCAGAGAGCCCUUCGCAAGGACAAAGGUUAUCAGCAAAGAGUGGACCUAAUCCAGGACCUAAGUUUUGAGACAGCAACAACUAAAAUUAAGGCAACUCCUAAUGGAGAGUAUGUUAUUGCAUCAGGUAUUUAUCCUCCACAAGUAAAAGUAUAUGAGUUGAAACAGUUGUCAAUGAAGUUUGAAAGGCAUCUCAUUUCAGAAAUUAUAAAUUUCCAGGUAUUAGAUGAAGACUAUUCAAAGAUAGCAUUUUUAUGUUCUGAUCGCUCUGUGUGCCUACAUGCGAAGUAUGGAAGCCACUAUAGCUUGAGACUUCCGAGGAUGGGAAGGGAUAUUGCAUAUGAUUGCUGGUCCUGCGACUUGCUAUGUGCUGCUUCCUCACCAGAUCUGUACAGAAUCAAUUUGGAACAGGGACGUUUUCUAUCCUCACUGACCUCUCAAUCACCUGCAAUAAAUGUUGUCUCUCGAAGCAAUAUUCAUGGGCUUGUUGCUUGUGGUGGCGAGGAUGGUGCUGUUGAGUGCUUUGAUAUGAGAAAGAAAUCUUCUGUUGGUAGAAUCAGUACUGCUGCUUCUCCUGAUGACAUAGGCCAGGAGGUAACAGCUCUGCAGUUUGAUGAAUCUCAAGGCUACCUCAUGGCUGCUGGGAGCAGUACUGGAAAGAUAUCAAUUUAUGACUUGCGUAUGUCCAAUCCCAUAAGAGUUAAGGAUCACAUGUACGGUAGUCCAAUAUUGGGUAUCAAGUGGCAUCAGACUCUUAACUUCACCGAACCCAAGUUGAUUACUGCUGAUAGUCAUAUAGUCAGGAUUUGGGAUCCCAAUACAGGCGAGAAUAUGACCAGUAUAGAACCAACCACUGGGAGCAUAAAUGACAUUUGCAUUUUUAAGAAUAGCGGUUUGAUGUUAUUGGCUUUAGACAGCAGUCAGAUACCGGCUUAUUUCAUUCCUGGAUUAGGUCCUGCUCCAAAGUGGUGCUCUUACCUUGAGAAUAUAACGGAAGAGAUGGAAGAGAAUUCACAAACCACCAUAUAUGAUGAUUACAAAUUUUUGACUACAGAGGACCUUGAACGGUUGAAUUUGACAGACUUAAUUGGAACCAAUCUGUUAAGAGCGUACAUGCAUGGAUACUUUAUAGAUUACCGACUGUAUAAAAAGGCGCAAGCUCUUGCCGAUCCAUUUGCAUAUGAAGUUUACAGAGAAAAGCAAAAGCAAGAGAAGAUGAAGGCAGAGCGGGACUCUCGUAUUACGCUCAAAAGGAAGCUACCAAAAGUUAACAGGGAUCUUGCAGCUCGUCUGCUAAAAGAACAGGAGGCAGAAGAUCGUGAAGGGGAGAAUGCUGAUGAUGAGAAUAUGACAAAGAAGAAAAAGAAAAAUAAAGGAAUAAGCAGCGAUAUCUUGAAAGAUGAGCGUUUUGCAAUUUUGUUUGAGAAUAAGGACUUUGAAAUUGAUGAAGAGUCGCAAGAGUAUCUCUCUCUUCAUCCCCAAUCUUCUAUGAAGCAGCGAUCACUUAUUGAGGAACAUUUCGAACCUGUUAAAGAGGAUGAGGAGCAAAGCAAUUCUGAUGCAUCGAUGGAUUCUCAGACAAUGGAAGAUGACUCUGACAACGACAACAAUGAGUUGAAGAAUUCGAGGCGCAUGAGGUUGUAUGAAGUCAAGGAUGAACGGCACGCGGAGGCAUUCUUGAACCACGAGUCGCUCGCCAAGGAGGAUGCGCUUCCUCUCGGAGAGAGAGUUGCUUUAUUGAACGAGCGGCAACCGACAGGUGGCCUAAACGGCGUGAAGUUCGGGGCGGGCGGUUCCCGAGAAAUCUCGUUCCUUUCAAGAAGUUCAAAGAAGCAGCAGUACAGGGAUGAGGAGGGACCCAAAGAGGCAAAAAGGAGAGGGGUGCAAUCCCUAGGGUUGAAGCCGAGUAAAGCUGAAUUCUAUGCGAUGGGUGGACGUGGUGGUCGAGGCAAAAGCAGAGGGAAGAGGGGCCGGAGAUGAGACUUUGGUCGCGAGAACAAAUAUCAAACUAAGUAAUCAGGCCAAUGUAUACUACUGCUUGGUUCAGUGAGGAAUGAUCCACUGGAAGUAAAUUAAUUGUGGUUUGAUGUCCUCACCAGUUCAUAGAGUUUUGUACUUCUGUUUUUAGAGCAGGGAUAGCACAAAGAUAAUGUUAAUGUAGGAUAAUAUCUAAAGUGGCUAUGGCCUAAAAUUUUGGUAUUUAAGCUCUUAAUUAUGAGCUCAUAAUUUAUAAUUUAAUUGCUGUUUAUUUGCAUGCA